UUCCCAUAAGCAGUCGAUACCAAAAGUUUUCAAGAACUCAAGCUAAACACCAGACUCAUUGAGCACAGCAGUUGCAAUGGUGCAGAUCAAAUUCCUUUUCGUGUUCCUGGCUGUGAUGACGAUUGUUGUCCUGGCGGCCAACAUGGCUGAUGCCGAUUGCCUUUCCGGAAAAUACAAGGGUCCUUGUCCCGUCUGGGAAAAUCUGAUGUGCCGUCGUAUCUGCAAGGAGGAGGGACACAUCAGUGGCCACUGCCGUCCCAGUCUGAAGUGCUGGUGCGAAGGAUGCUGAAUGCCCUAAAAUACACAAAAGUUUAUACAGUUUAUAUUAUAUCAAGCAAAUAUAGUUUCAGUUUAUCACUCAUA